UGUUUUGUUUGAAUAGGUAGUUAUUAGUAGUAGAUAUUGUGUAUAGUAUAGUAAUAACAAUCAAACUGAAUGUAAAAAAGCGAAUUUGUGACAUCCUCAGACUCCUUACCUCAAAAAUCUUGUAUUCUUGAAAAAAAAAAACAAACCUUAGAAUUCUCACUCAUUCGCCGGCUAUCAACUCCCUCACUGCUUACGGCGCCUCCAUGCGUUUUCGCCACCCUGCCACCGCCACCAACAGCCACCGCCACCUCUGACAGAUGGGUUGCGUCCUUCGAAAGCCGGCGGGUUCUGUCGACAGUCGCCGGGAUAAAACUUCGACCUCCGUCGGCGGGAAUAAUGCCGUUAAGAUUCAGGAGAAGCAGGAGACUGUGCACGCCGGCGAACUUUCCGGCGUUAUUCUGGCGCCGGAGCGCCGGAGACGUCGACUUGACUCAUUCACGACGAGUCACCAAGGGUGGCCGCCGUGGCUGAUGGUCGUCGCCGGCGACGCACUUGGAGACUGGACUCCUCGCCGUGCCAACACGUUCGAGAAGCUUGCUAAGAUUGGGCAAGGGACUUAUAGCAAUGUGUACAAAGCAAGAGACCUUGUAACUGGGAAAAUAGUGGCUUUGAAGAAGGUUAGAUUUGACAAUUUGGAGGCAGAGAGUGUGAAGUUCAUGGCAAGAGAGAUUCUUGUUUUGAGGAGGCUUGAUCACCCCAAUGUUGUGAAGCUUGAAGGGUUGGUUACUUCAAGAAUAUCAUCCAGUCUUUACUUGGUAUUUGAGUACAUGGAACAUGAUCUUGCUGGUCUUGCAGCUGGUGUGGGUGUCAAAUUCUCUGAGCCACAGAUCAAAUGUUAUAUGAAGCAAUUGCUAUCUGGGCUUGAGCAUUGCCAUAGCAGAGGAGUUUUGCACCGUGAUAUCAAGGGUUCCAAUCUGCUCAUUGACAACGACGGAAUACUUAAAAUUGCAGAUUUUGGUUUGGCAACUUUCUAUGAUCCUAAGCAAAAACAUCCUAUGACCAGUAGAGUUGUGACCCUUUGGUACCGUCCCCCCGAGCUUCUUCUGGGGGCUACAUCCUAUGGCAUUGGUGUCGACCUUUGGAGUGCUGGCUGCAUUUUAGCAGAACUUCUUGCUGGAAAGCCAAUCAUGCCUGGCCGAACAGAGGUUGAGCAGCUGCACAAGAUAUUUAAGUUAUGUGGCUCUCCAUCUGAGGAAUAUUGGAAGAAAUAUAGAUUGCCAAAUGCUACACUCUUUAAGCCGCAGCAACCUUAUAAAAGAAACAUCUUAGAAACAUUCAAGGAUUUCCCUUCUUCGUUGCCUCUGAUUGAAACUCUUCUUGCAAUAGAUCCUAAUGAUCGUGGCACUGUCUCAUCUGCUCUAAAUAGUGAGUUCUUUACCACUGAGCCAUAUACUUGUGAACCAUCUAGUUUGCCAAAGUAUCCUCCUACCAAAGAAUUGGAUAUAAAACUGAGAGAUGAAGAAGCAAGAAGGCAAAAAACUCUAAGUGGAAAAACUAAUGCAGUUGAUGGUGCCAAAAGGGUUAGAGUACGCGAGCGUAGUUUGGCCAUUCCGGCCCCAGAAGCCAAUGCGGAAAUUCAAACGAACUUAGAUAGGUGGAGAGUUGUGACCCAUGCAAAUGCAAAAAGUAAGAGUGAGAAAUUCCCACCUCCUCAUCAGGAUGGAGCUGUUGGAUAUCCACUUGAUGCAUCAAACAAAGGAGCUGUUUCAUUUGGAGCCACCGAAACAUCCACAGCCUCUACCAUAUUUCAUUCAAAAUCUUCUGGAUCUGUUAAAAGUCACGAUCCUGCCAAAGACAAAGUGGGGAGAAGUAAUACUGCAGACACCCAGAUGACUUCACCUUGGAAAUUUUUGCGUUCAUUCAAGCUAUCAACAAUUGGUCAUUCAUUUGAUUCAUUAUUUAGAAGCAAUUAAUCUAUUUCUUUGGAUUUUGACAUCCUAGAAUGAAGAAAGAAAUGAUUUUUUGCCCCUGUAUAUUGUGAUUUUUACUUAUUUUUUGUUUCCCAUGUCCACACCCCUUUGUUAUGUAUUUCAAUUGACAAGUCUUUGUUGUAUGAUGUAUAACACCAGAUCUUCAUUAGAUUUGUAUAUUCGUGUUGUUCUUUCCCACACUACAUUGGAUAUGGAACAAGGAGAGAAAAAAAAAAGUAUGAAAAAGUAAUAUAUGUGAUGAUAGAAGGAAAUGUAUGAUGGGUGUAAAAUAUCUGAUUCGUUGAAUGUUUAAAGGAUUAGCCCGCCAUUGUCCAGGUUGUGGUAACAGUUUAUAUUCAACAUUUAUUUUUGUAAUUCUAUAUAAACUGAUAAAUUUAAAAUAGAAUGAAUCUGGAGUUCAUUUGAUGUCUAAUGAAUCUCAAGAUUAAUGGCCUGCAUCAUUUAUAGGUUAUUAAAAAUUUAUUUCAAACCAUUAAAUAUAAUUGAAAUGUGUUUAAACUAAUGAGUUAUAUUUAUAUAUUAAGAAUGUCAGAUUUUUAAUUGAAUCAGAAGUUUGAGUAUACAGAUAAGACAAAUAAAAACCAAUAUCAAUGAAAGUAGAGACUAGACAAAGUACAGUUAAAGUUGAAACGAUAAUGAAAGGAGAUAUCGAUUUGCAAGAAUGAUUUCUCAAUUAUGAUUUUGAACGACAGUAUCUACAAUGGGAUUUAACACUAGUAGAAAAACCACUUUCUCAGAACGUGAUCAACUAAAGUUACAACAGGAUUUAGUAUGUAGUGGUUCAAACAUUAAUAUUACCAAAGAAGGAUGCAAAUGAAAACCAGGGCAAAGUGCGGCAACCCCGUGAAAUUUAUAGGAUAAGGUAAUACGAGGAUAAAGGUUCCAGCGUGCAACAUGUUAGAGC